AUGUCUUCCGAGAACAAACGACCAGCCGAUGAGAUGACGACGCUUCAAGCUCAAUUCACGGCUAAGUCGUGCCACGAGCAGCUGUAUGCGCACCACAGAAGAGCAGCCACUGCCCCAGCUACAGCGGGUCAGCCUACCAGAUCUGAGCCAGCUCCGUACUAUCAGCAGAGCUACAUACGCCAUCGGUCUGGGUGCGUAUGUACCCUUCCUUCAUCACACAAACAAGAAGAAGACGAAAGCCUCGAAGACGAACAUGAGACCGCGGAACAAUUCGCUCGGAACUGGAAUCCAACAAAAUUCCCCAAACUGAAAGACUGGACAAACGACGAUUUCCGCUCAGCGAUACAGCACUGGACAUUUGAUCGCAACAAGAAGAACACGUCCGAAGCUAUAAACGAAGCAGAAGCUGCACUCUACGACCUUGACAGCGGUUCGUGGGUUGGUUCGCAAGAGUGGGUCAGAGAACAACAUGUUUCCGAGACAGUAUAUGUAGGCCUCUUGAAGUUGUUGAGACGAUAUGGGUACUGGAGGCAUUCCAUCACCCUUCGGUCGAAGUCUUGGGACGGCCGAAAGAUGACGAUAUAUCGCACGCAGGGGGCGGAGGACCUUCCCCUAUGGCUUCAGUGUCAUGGAUUUGAGAUUGAAGAUGAUGAGAUUGUGCCGGAUGAGGAUGGUGAGGACGGGGAUGGUGAGGACGGGGAUGGUGAGGACGCGCAGAAGCUAGAUCAUAUGGUAACGGAAUGGCUUUCACACUUGGAGGUUACCGAGUAG